GAUGAUGAUAACAGCAGCCCAGUGAGAGUUGUCGUAGACUCCUACGACGAUGACGACGAGGACCUGUGAUGAUCUAAUGUUACGAAUUUCUCUUCCAGUGGCUCGAGUCGGGCCACCUUCACCCUGGACGGCAGCGAUGACGAAGGAAACGCGACGGAAAGCUCUCUGCAGAAUACACUGUCUGUGGACUCGAUGCGUGUCAAGUUCACCGGGAGCUCGAAACGCCAAUUCAGACAAUCCAUGUCCGGCGUCCAUCUCAGUCAAGAUGCCGAAGCGAAAGGUUCGACUAAGGACUUCAUUGUCGCGACACCCGAGGAGUUCGUUAGCCGUUUUGGAGGAACACACGUUAUCAACAAUAUCUUGAUAGCAAAUAACGGAAUCGCAGCAGUCAAAUGCAUGAGGUCGAUACGAAGAUGGUCGUACGAAAUGUUCAAUAAUGACCGAGCGAUCCGUUUCGUCGUGAUGGUCACGCCAGAAGAUCUGGCAGCCAACGCGGAAUACAUUAAAUUGGCCGAUCAUUGCGUCCCUGUACCCGGAGGCUCUAACAACAACAACUAUGCGAACGUGGACCUCAUUCUCGACAUUGCGAAACGGGUCGGCGCACAAGCGGUGUGGGCGGGUUGGGGUCACGCUUCGGAGAAUCCGCGCCUGCCGGAGUUGCUUUCGAAAAACGGGAUCGUUUUCAUGGGACCCCCAGAGAAGGCCAUGUGGGCUCUUGGUGACAAGAUCGCUAGUAGCAUCGUAGCGCAAACGGCUGAUAUACCAACUUUGCCGUGGAGCGGCGCCGAAUUGAAAGCUGACUGGAACGGCAGCGACGCGAAGAAACUCCGAAUAAAACCAGACCUCUACAAGAAAGGUUGCGUCGGCUCUGUGGACUCCGGGCUCGAGGCAGCUCAGAAGAUCGGCUUCCCAGUCAUGAUCAAAGCCUCGGAAGGCGGCGGUGGCAAGGGGAUUCGGAAAUGUGAACGCGUCGAGGAUUUCCCCUCGUGUUUCCGUCAGGUACAAUCGGAAGUUCCGGGCUCCCCGAUCUUCAUCAUGAAGCUCGCUGUCAACUCAAGGCAUCUGGAAGUUCAGUUGUUGGCCGACAACUACGGAAAUGCGAUUUCACUCUUUGGGCGAGAUUGUUCCAUCCAGAGAAGGCAUCAGAAGAUCAUUGAGGAAGCUCCGUGCGUCAUCGCAGACCACAUGGUAUUCGACCAGAUGGAAAAAGCCGCCGUUCGAUUGGCUAAAAUGGUCGGCUACGUAUCGGCCGGAACCGUUGAAUACCUCUACAACGAGGACGGGAACUUCUAUUUCCUGGAGUUGAAUCCUCGACUCCAGGUAGAGCAUCCUUGCACUGAGAUGAUCAGUGAUGUCAAUCUCCCCGCGUGCCAAAUGCAAAUUGCAAUGGGGGUGCCCCUCUCCCGGAUAAAAGAUAUCCGCUUGCUGUACGGCGAGAGCCCUUACGGUUCCAACUUGAUCGACUUCGAUCACCCUUACCACAAACCUCCGCCGUGGGGCCACGUGAUCGCCGCAAGGAUAACAUCCGAGAAUCCUGAUGAAGGUUUCAAGCCGUCGGCGGGCGGUCUGCAAGAGCUCAACUUCCGGAGCAACAAGAACGUUUGGGGCUACUUUUCGGUGGGGGCGUCCGGAGGACUCCAUGAAUUCGCAGAUUCCCAGUUCGGUCAUUGCUUCUCGUGGGGAGAGGAUCGCGAAGAAGCUCGAGAGAAUCUCGUAAUCGCUCUCAAGGAACUGUCGAUCAGAGGAGAUUUUAGAACAACAGUCGAGUACUUGAUCACCCUGCUUGAGACGCAAGCUUUCCGGGAGAACACGUUCGAUACCGGGUGGUUGGAUCAACUGAUCGCUGAGCAAGUGAAGUCCGAGAAGCCGGACAUCAUGCUGUCCGUGACCAGCGGCGCCCUACACGUCGCUUACAAGACGAUACGCGAAAAUUUCUCGGGAUUCCAGGCGGCUCUGGAAAAAGGUCAAAUACUGCCGAUGUCAACGCUCAACAACACCUACGCCGUGGAGCUUGUAGCCGACGGUGUGAAAUACUCGGUGGAAGUCUCGCAAAGCGGGCCGAACACCUACUUUCUGGUCAUGAACGGAACCCACAGGGAGCUCGAAGCUCACCAACUCUCCGACGACCGGCUCCUGAUCAGCAUCGACGGGUCGUCGUACACUACCUACAUGAAAGAGGAAGUCGAUCGUUAUCGGGUAGUUAUCGGCAACCAGACAUGUGUUUUCGAGAAGGAGAAGGAUCCCUCGGUGCUGAGAUCGCCAUCGACGGGAAAACUGCUCCAGUUCCUGGUAGAAGACGGCAGCCACGUUCUCGCCGGUCAGCCCUACGCCGAGAUCGAGGUGAUGAAGAUGGUCAUGACGUUGACUGUUGAAGAAACCGGCACAGUGUUCAUCAUGAAGAGACCCGGCGCAGUGCUUGAAGCCGGCGCUGAACUGGCGCGACUCGAAUUGGAUGAUCCGACCCGGGUGAACAAGGCUCAGCCCUACUCCAAGGGCUUCCCAGCGAUCAAAUCGGAGCGUCAUAAAUACGAUAAGCUCAAUCAACAGUUCGCAAGCGCCAAAUGCGACCUGGAGAAUAUCCUCGACGGCUACGUCAUACCCGAACCGUAUCUGUCGCAGCGAGUGGAGAGGUCGCUCGAGAUCUUCAUGCGGACCCUACGUGAUCCACAGUUGCCUCUCAUGGAGCUCAAGGAUAUCAUAUCUUCGAUAUCGGGCCGGAUUCCCCCACAAGUGGAGUCCAACAUACGGGAUCUGAUGGAAGGUUACGACAAGAACAUAACAUCUGUUAUGGCUCAGUUCCCUUCGCAAGGCAUCGCUUCGGCGAUUGACGGACAUGCUGCCACGCUCCAGAAACGAAGCGAUAGGGACGUUUUCUUCUUGAGAACGCAGGGCAUAGUCCAGCUCGUACAGAGGUACCGGAACGGGAUCGGCGGGCGAAUGAAGCUCGUGCUGCAGGAGCUCCUGUGGAAGUACUUGAGCGUGGAGAUCGAUUUCCAGAAUGGACAGUACGAUAAGUGUGUCGCCAUGCUCCGGGAAAAACACAAGGACUCCACCAAGACCAUCGUCGACAAGAUCUUCUCCCACUACAACGUGAACAAGAAAAACUAUCUCAUGAUCAAACUCAUCGACCAUCUUUGCGGACACGAGCCCAGGCUCACAGACGAGCUCAGUGCGACGCUGAACGAGCUCACUACGCUGAGCAAGCAGGAUAACGCGAGGGUCGCUCUGCGCGCUCGUCAAGUACUUAUAGCGACCCACCAGCCCAGUUACGAUAAGCGGCACAAUCAGAUGGAAUCGAUCUUCCUUUCUGCCAUCGACAUGUACGGACACGACUUUCGUCCCGAAAUCGUCCAGAAACUCAUCAUGUCCGAAACAUCGAUCUUCGACGUCCUCCAGGACUUCUUCUAUCACUCAAAUCACAUAGUGAGGAAGACGGCUCUCGAGAUUUAUAUCCGACGAGCCUACAUCUCGUACAAUUUGACCGGGCUGGAACAUCUAGAAUUGCGGAGCGGGGUCCGCGCAGCCCAGUACCAGUUUCUGCUGCCCAGCUCUCAUCCGAAUCGGCGGGCAGACCCGCUCCAAAUAACAAAGCGACUGGCCAACCUAUCGGAACAGGAGGACAAGGGCACGUGGGAGGAGGCGCCCUCGCGAGAUUUUGAUUCCCAAAGAGUUGGAGUCAUGGCAGUAUUCAACACGUUCGACCAGUUCCUGGGCGAGUUCCACAACACUCUCGAUCUGCUGAAUUGGACAUCCACGACAGAGAACAAUGGAGCUCGCGAACGGAGCUCGGGCUCGGUUUGUGAGAGCGGAGAACCGAUAGAAAAAGAAUCCGAGCCAAUGAACAUCGUGUCCGUCGCGGUCAGGUACGAAGGCGAACCCGAAUCCGACCUCAGGGAGAAGUUCUACAGGUUCUGCCAAGAACGUCGCGAUGAGUUGAAGGAUCGACGGAUACGGCGCAUAACUUUCCUCGUGCUGCAGAAGGGGAAAUUCCCUCAGUACUACACGUUCAGACAUCGUGACGAAUUCCGGGAAGAUGCGAUCUAUCGCCAUCUGGAACCGGCGCUUGCUUUCCAAUUGGAAAUCAACCGCUUGAGAAACUACGACCUCGAGGCUAUCGCCACGGCCGCCCUGAAAAUGCACCUUUAUAUGGGCAAAGCCAAAGUCCCUGAGGGGCAAGCCGUGACCGACUACCGCUUCUUCAUCCGAGCAAUCAUUCGACAUUCGGACCUCAUAACGAAAGAGGCUUCGUACGAAUACAUGCAGAACGAAGGAGAACGGCUCCUGCUCGAAGCCAUGGAUGAGCUCGAAGUUGCGUUCACGCAUCCGGACGCCAAGAAAUCCGACUGCAACCACAUCUUCCUGAACUUCUUACCGAAAGUCACUAUGGAUCCAAUGAAAAUCGCCGAGAACGUACGUUCCAUGGUCCUGCGGUACGGUCCUAGACUUUGGAAACUUCGCGUUCUUCACGCCGAAGUGAAAAUGGUCAUCCGUCUGCCUGGAUCCGGUGGAAAGUGCAUUCCCGUGAGACUUUUUUUGGUCAAUGACAGCGGUUACUUUCUCGACAUCUACGUGUAUAAAGAAGUCGUCGACCCCAAGAUGGGCAUCAUGCGUUUCGAAGCAUGGCCUGGCAGCAAACAAGGUCCUUUCAACGGUCUGCCGAUUUCCGCACCAUACGUCACUAAAGACUACCUACAACACAAACGUUUCCAAGCACAAUCUAACGGCACAACGUACGUGUACGAUUUUCCCGACAUGUUCAGACAAGCACUACACGGACAGUGGGAGGACCACAUUGACCUGCAUCCCGAAUUGGAGGUCCCGAAUAUUUUUGUUGAAGCUGUAGAGUUGGUGUUGGACAGCGAGAACGAGCUCGUCGAGAUGAAGAGGCUGCCUGGGGAGAACGAUGUCGGAAUGGUAGCCUGGCGAAUGCGUCUCUACACUCCUGAGUAUCCGGAAGGCCGAGACGUGAUCGUUAUCGCAAACGAUAUCACCUACAACUUGGGAACCUUCGGACCCCAGGAAGACAUCCUCUUCUUUAAGGCGUCAGAACGCGCUCGGCACUUGAACAUUCCACGCUUGUACAUUUCUGCCAACUCGGGAGCUCGGAUCGGGCUCGCGGAGGAAAUGAAGGAGCUCAUCGAGCUCGCCUGGAUUGACGCCGAGGAUCCCGAUAAGGGCUUCAAGUAUUUGUACCUGACGCCAGAGAGUUACAAAAAGGUAUCCGCCCUUAACUCGGUCAAUACAGAACUGAUCGAGGACGAUGGUGAAUCGCGGUACAAGAUCACGAAUGUCAUCGGCAAAGAGGACGGUAUCGGCGUUGAGAAUCUCAGCUACGCAGGGAUGAUAGCCGGAGAAACGUCCCGGGCCUACGACGACAUUGUCACUAUCUCUUUAGUCACCUGCAGAGGUAUCGGUAUCGGUGCAUACCUCGUCCGACUAGGCCAACGGACAAUCCAGCUUGAAUCGUCACACAUCAUUCUGACCGGCGCGGGCGCUCUGAACAAGCUCCUCGGACGAGAAGUAUAUACAUCGAACAACCAGCUCGGUGGAAUCCAAAUCAUGUACGAGAACGGCGUGUCGCACGUAACGGUUUCCGACGACCUCGAGGGUUGCCGUACGAUGCUGAGAUGGCUGUCGUACAUGCCGAAGUCGAAGGGUAGCGAGCUGCCGAUCAUGGAAAGCAUCGAUCCCUACGACAGAGAAGUCGUUUUCACCCCUACCAAGACCCCAUAUGAUCCUCGCUGGUUGCUCGCGGGUCGAGAGAGCCCUAACCUUCAGGGCUUCUGGGAGGAUGGAUUCUUCGAUCGAGGCAGUUUCUCGGAAAUCAUGGCAAAUUGGGCGAAGACCGUUGUGACCGGGAGGGCCCGCCUCGGAGGCAUCCCUGUCGGAGUGAUUGCCGUCGAGACCCGCACAGUCGAGAUAGCUUACCCGGCAGAUCCGGCGAAUCUCGACUCGGAGGCGAAGAUCAUUUCACAAGCCGGACAGGUGUGGUUCCCGGAUUCGGCGUACAAGACCGCUCAGGCCAUAAAUGAUUUCAACCACGAGGGUCUGCCUCUCAUCAUAUUUGCCAACUGGCGUGGAUUCUCCGGCGGCAUGAAAGACAUGUACGACCAGGUUCUGAAAUUCGGAGCCUUCAUCGUUGAUGCGCUCCGAAAAUACAAACAGCCUGUGCUGGUGUACAUCCCUCCGUUCGGUGAGCUCCGAGGUGGGGCGUGGGCUGUUGUGGAUGCCACGAUCAAUCCAUGCCACAUGGAGAUGUAUGCGGAUCCUGAAUCUCGCGGAGGUGUCCUGGAACCUGAGGGCACGGUAGAAAUUCGUUUCCGGAAGAAGGAUCGCGUCAAGAUGAUGCACCGCAUCGACACACAAUGCUGCGAGCUGCUCCAGAAAAUUGCUUCAUCCGAGGGCGAGGAACGCGCCUCAUUCGAAAAACAACUGCGCGUGCGGGAGGAGCAGUUGGACCCGAUAUACCUUCAGGCGGCGUUGACUUACGCCGAUCUCCACGAUACCCCCGUCCGGAUGAUGGAGAAAAACGUCAUUCGAGACAUCGUGCAGUGGUCCAAAUCUCGACAAGUGUUCUACUGGCGAAUGAGGCGUCUGCUUCUACAGGAUGAAAUGAAAAAAGCGAUCCUGUCGGCGAAGGUGCACCUGAAAGAAGCCGAACUCGAAUCCACGUUCAGACGCUGGUUCUUGGAGUCUCAGGGCGCAGUGAACAACUACUUGUGGGACAAUGACGAGGUUGUCACGAAGUGGCUCCUCGAACAGUUAUACCCCACGGAUCAGAAUUCGAGCCUCGUCCUUGACAACAUACAAAGCAUAAAGAACGACGGCGUGCUGCCCGAUCUGAAGAAGCUCGUUGACGCCAACCCUCAGAAGCUGAUGGAAUGCACCGCUUACAUGAUGAGCCGAUUGAAGGUUCAAGAAGCCCUUGAUCUGAUAUCCGCUUUCAACAAGAAGCUGGCCGCCAGUGAAAGCAGCUCCGGCGAUGACAGUCCGACAGAAACAUAAUAUAUUUUACUCUAGGUACCAAAUUAUAAGCCCCGACAGAGAGUAAUACACUAUUUUUGAUGGUUCAUAAGAGGUUUCCGCCACGCAAUACGACAGAUUGUAUCAUACUUGACAAGGGACCAUUUACAGGGGAGAGACCUUCGUAAUGAACCACCCAUGUUAAAAAGUUCGUCGAAGCUAUAAUGAAACCCAAUGUUUUUUUGUGUA